ACUUCCACAACUGCUCUGUUUCUUUAAGAGACCUCGGUUGUUAAGUUGGAAGAUCAUUGAACCAUAUGAGGGUCAAUAAAAAGUCACUGGUUAGUGAUUUGAGUACAAGGAACUGGAUCCUAGUUCAGUAUCUGUGUCCGUAUGCUGCUCGUGAACAAAGGGGGAGCGUUUGAUCCUCAUACUUCCUCGGAAUGGCUUCUGGAAAACUAAUUAAGCUCCUAGUUUUUGAGCUCCUUGAGUUUGCUGCUUUCUCCAUUCCCACACUUGUGACUAUGGAACAGUUUGCCACUGCCUAUCAAAGGACCACGAAUAUGUCUGGGAGAACUUAUUAUUGGCUGAUUGUUUCCUGUUCGAUUGGCUAUGUGGCUUUAGUGACUCUGUUGAUUUGGAUUCCCAUAAAAGUUCUCUUAUACAAGAAGCGUCAUCUUUACAAAAAAGUUAAAGGAUGGAGACCUGUUAUGAUGAUGUGUGUAGUACUCACCACGCUUCCCAGCUUCAGCUUUUCUGUAGCAGUAACUGAGGUUCAAAAGAAUAUUAAUGGUUCCGCUGAUGUCUUACCUGAUACAUUACCUGACCUGGCAGUCUCUCUGGUUCUGACUUCCUUGUUCCUGGUUGAUAUUAUUGAAAAACUGAGGAUAUAUCCUCUUAGAGGAAGGCAAAAGAGUAAUGAAGAUGCGCAUAUGCAUAAGACCACUUUGCAACAGAUAAGAACUGUGACAGACCAAGUGAAGCAAAAUGAAGAAAAUCCUGUGCCUCCGCAGCCAGCGGGGAGGACAGAGGUGUCGUGGCCAUCAGAAGCCAUGACAUGGAGCCCUGCUCCUGUGUUGGCGGGACCCCUGGAGCCCUCCUUUCACUCGGGAAUCCUGAGGACACUCUCCCAGCGGGACGUUCGCGCCCAGAUCUUCCUGUGGACCUUUGUCCACUGGUCUGACACCAUAGAAAUGGUGCGCGUGGCCGGCCACGCCGCCGUGUACAAGUCACGCUGGCUAUACCCGCUCUACAUAUUCAGUUAUAUUUCUCUCCUUCGAAUUGUAUUCACUCCCCAGAACCCUCUUCUGGGUUUCCUGGGCGUCCUGCUUCAGGAUCUACCCUUUAUUUUUGUUCGACUUAGUUUAAUCAUUGUCCUGGGCACCAUCACACCCGUAUUGGGCCUUUUUAAAAACAUACUAGUGACUCUUUCUUAUGUUUACUUCAAUUACUUAACCAAAUUCAGGGUUUUCUCUAUCUUUGAAACAUCUUCAUUUUAAAAGAAAAAUGUAAGACAGU